AUGGAGGAAGAGGGCUACAGGUCGCAAAUGACAACGGGCAGCUUGAUUCCGCUGCUGCAGAAGGCCCUUUUGCAACACCAAGUAAGAAUUGAACCACUUCCAGUUGCGGCUCCUGUUUUGCAGCUGGACGAUCCUGCGCUGAGUUACCUUUCCAAGAUGCUUUUAGGCGGGGAUAGUGAUAGUGACGAGCAGGAGGUUGCAACCCCGCAGCAGAACAGAUACCAGGCUUACAUGGACGACCUGAAUUCCAUCAUAAGAGGUUGCGUCCAGUCUCCGGACAGUGAUCAAGAACAGGUCGACCAGGAAGUAUUUAGCUUGCUCAGAGAGUGCGCAAGAGCAGUAGCAGCCAGGAACUCGGCACAGGUUUACAAUCUCAUCGGAUUGAUCAAGAACUCAGUGACAUCCGAAAACAGCCACUUAGAAAGGACCGCAUUGUUCUUCGUCAACGCACUGGUAGCAAGGCUUAAAGGGUGUGGUUCACAGCUCUACUCGGCUCUGUCCAGAGAGGUUUCUCAGAAGCGCUACGUGGGGCUUUUGUGCAUGAACCUCCCGUGGUUCAGCGCCACCGAGGUGAUCUCGAAUCACAUAAUUCUCGAGGCGUGCAAGGGAGCCAAGCGGAUUCAUAUUGUGGACUACGGGAUACUGUAUGGCAGUCAGUGGCCGUGGCUUAUCCGAGCUUUAUCUCAGCAACCCGAGGGAGCUCCACUGCUGAGGAUGACAGGAAUCGACUCGUCUGGGAUGAUAGAUGGUGCACAGAUUGGGAAGCAUUUACUCGAGUUCGCAGAAUUGUGUGGGAUUCCGUUUGAGUUUAACUACAUCACUGCAGACUCUUGGGAGCUCGCACAGCCGCAGUGCAACAGCUUGAACGAGUUUGUGGUCAUCAACACAAACAGGAGACUGCGAUUCUUGAGGGACGACUCCACCGCAGCAAACAAUCCAAGGAAGGUGUUCUUCGAUCGCAUGCUCAAGCUCCAGCCGGCAUUGUUGAUCCAGUCUCUGCAAAGCGCCGACCCCAACGUCUCAUCCCCGUUCUUCGUCCAGCGCUUUGAGGCGACACUUGCGUACUAUGCCAACAUUCUAAACGGUUUUGGAGAGGUUCUUAAGGAUCAUCCGCAAGAGCUUGGCUUCGCAAGAAAGUUUGUGGAGAGGAGCAUCAUGAAUGUGGUGGCCUGUGAAGGGGUGGAUCGAGUGGAACGGCCGGGGCCAUACUACUACUGGGAUUCGACGGCAAAGAAAGCUGGAUUCGAGCAGCUGCCUCUGAGCGACCAAGUUAUCGAGACAGCCAGGCUGAUCUGGAGAGGCGAGAAGUUUAGCUUGUACAGGGAUGGGCACUGGUUGCUACUGGCAUGGAAGGACGCCCUGGCGUUUGGGAUUUGUGCAUGGAAACCUGGCGUGAAGCCGAGAAAUUCGUACAGCGCCAAGAGUUCAAAAAGAUACCACUUCUAA